AUGUCAGAGGCGAAGCGUACGACCGAAGGCAAUAAACUUGAUGUUAAAUAUUUGGACUCGCCUGACAAAUCGGAGUAUGAUAUGGCCGAAUAUAGUUUAUCUCUUCAAAACUGCGUUCAGAAAACUGCGGUCACUUCGGAGAUUUGGUGUCACCCGAAGUUUUAUAGGCCGAUGUGUUAUAUAAAUCUUCAUAUGGUUCCUCCUCAGAUAUUCCAAAUAUCAAACAAUGCUAUUUUCCUGGAUUUGUACUGCACUGUAUUAAAAUAUCUAUUGAACGAAAAAUUACAUCCAGCGGUAACGGCUGGACUUAAUUACUAUACUAUCAAUGUCAGUAAGGAAGCUGUAGGUAUUAUAAUACAAUUGAGCGGAUUUGACGAAAAAUUACUGACCUUGUUGACGAUUAUUGCAAAUUAUAUGGUCGAUUUUAAUAAACUUGUUUCGGAGGACUUGUUUGAAAUUAUAAAAAGGCAUCAACUCAAAGCAUAUUACAACAAAUUUUUGAAACCUGAGGAAUUCAUCGAGGAUGUGGAAUUAUGGAUACUAAAGUAUCAGUACUAUCCAGACAUUCACAAGUAUAAUUAUCUAAGUAAAUUAAUUAAUUUUUCAAACUUCCAAAACUUUACAAAGAUCUUAACCAAUACUAUGUACUUUCAAUGUCUUGUGCAAGGUAACAUAACGAAAGAUUUUACGAUCAAAAUUAUACAACGAUUUAUCAACAAAAUUAAUUAUUGUCCCUUGCGUGAUGCUGAUAAGCUACGGCUUAUUGGAGUCAUUGAAAUAUCCGAAGGCACAUCUUAUUGCAAGUUGAAAAAUAUUAACCGAACUAAUGUAAACUCGGUAGUGACAAAUUAUUAUCAAGUCGGUAUUGCUACGAUUGAAUUAUCGGUGUUAAUCCAGUUAAUGCUCAUGAUAAUAAAACAACCAUUAAUAAAUCAUCUACGAACUCAAGAAAAGAUUAGUUUUGUUUCGUGCAAUCUUAGAGAUAUCAACGGAAUGUUAGGAUAUUCUAUUACUGCUUACACUCAGGCAGAAAAGUACACAACUGAAUAUGUUGACCAACUAAUCGAGGGAUUUCUGAAUACGUUCAGUAUCAUGUUGAAACAGUUCUCAGAAAAGAAAUUAAAUGAUAUCAAAGAAAGGCUGAGAAUUUUGAAGCAAUAUGACAAUGCUGAGCUUCUGAACGAAGUUAAUAGAAAUUGUAGUGAGAUCACGAAGCGGCAAUAUAUGUUUGACAGAUGUGAAAAGGAAGCGCUUGCAAUAGAGAACGUAAAUAUCAAUAUGCUAAGAGAAUGGUUUGGAACACUGAACGCAAGUAAUUUCAGAAAAUUGAGCAUACAUGUAGUAGGAACUGAUCCGAAGGAAAUUACAGUCAAUGCAGAGAAUCGUAGGUAUGAUGAGUACUCUACUACGGAAUUUAUAAUUGACGAUACACAGUGCAAAGACGGUCAUCAUAUUACUGACGUAGAUACGUACAAAAAUAUUCGCCUAUCUCGUGUAUCAAUAUUAUAA